ACCAGUUACGAUAAAGCAUUGUAGCAUGUAAAGAGUCAAUACUUAGUCGCCGCUGCCGGAGCAUUGAACUCGAUUCCACUCGCGGAUUUUGCUCCGACGUGGCACCCUAUUUAGGUACAUCCCUGCGACCGAGUUUGCCACGACUCAGGGCGCAAGUCUUCCUUUCGGUCGGUCGUACCAGGCGAUUUAUUCGAUUCACUCGCGUUCAGAGGCUGGUCGCAAAACGGAGCAGCUAAACCCCGGCUUCUCAGUUCGCGCUCUUCAAUCGCGUGUUUGUCGGUGUACUCUUGGUGAAAAAUCUCCUCCAGGUGGAGGAAUCAUCUCUCGAUGAUCGCUCGUUGAUCGACUGAGCGACAUCGUCGACCAGUCAAGAAUCUGUCGCUCAGCCAGUCCAGCCGAAGAUCAGCAUUUUCGAAGCUGAACUCCGAAACGACUGCGCAACGCCGCCAUCUUAGCGUGAGCACAUUUUUGCGAAUUGGAUCCACACGCAGCUCAUACUGGAAGAACGUGGCAGGUUCUCUGAGGAACAGAAACGUUCUGCGAGGCAUUGUAUUUCGAUCCGCUGGCGACGACAUCGCACCACGGAUGAGCGCCACGCCGAAGAAACAUCAGCGCGCAAAGUGACUUCUCGCAGGAGAGUGGCUUUUUCUUUUCCGUUUCCUAAUUUGCGGGUGAUCGAAACCGGGAUAUAUUACCACGCAUCGGCGCUAACGUGUACCGGCACUAUGAGUAAGAUGCUAGACACAAACUAUCGCACCGUGUUCUCUGUACUUAGAAGUCCCGAGGAGGGUGAAGAGUUUAAACGGAUCAUCUGAAAGAAUUGCGCAACUAAACGAAAAUCGUCGUUGUCGCAUAUUUUCCGCGAGGACGAUUCGUGCGUUCGCUAAAGUGAUUUGUGUCUAAGUGUUUUCUGAAAUAGAGAACUCCUUUUCUGAGUUUUCCACGCGAGUUUCUUAUCUCCAAGACGUCACCGUCGACGUAAUCGUUAAUGUAUUAAUAGAUUCGUGACUCGCAGAAAUUUUCGGAGAGCACUCUCUGUCGUAACAGCGCGUAACUAUUUGUCGUAUCGAUCGAUUAGAUCGGAAGAGGAACUCGCGAUUUAUUCAGCUCGAUCGAACGCGGUAAAAUUGUCCCAAUAAGAACAAACUAUCAGGCUUUUUCAAGGGAAAAAAGACAUCAAGUGGACAUUAAGUGCGCGGGUGAAAAACCAUCGACCUUUCUGCCGAUCGAGAUAUCCCGACGGCAACCCCGGAUACUUCUAUAACCCGUAAUGUAUUUGCGAUCGCGCCAAGGAGCAGCACAAGGGAGGCACGAGCACACAAGUGAGGCGAUAGGAGCUAGUUUAGCGGCCGCGUGCGGUCGCACAGAUCUCGGAUCUUCGUCGUCCUCGAGGGCCAAAGGCGGGACGAAGAAGAGAGUGACGGCGUGCCGUUACCGCGAUCUAGCAUCAGCAUCGCAGCAGCCGCAACCGCGGCCGCUACGGGCCGGCUUCGUAGGCAGGGGCGCAGAUUCGGACCUGGUGUGCCUGAAACGCGGCAUGAGCGAAGGUGAACGGGCGGCGAUCACGCCACGAAUCGGCUGGCGGAAGCUCACCGAUCCCGGCGACUGACACGAAUCCAGGAAGUCGAGGGCAGCUCCGAAGCGAUAGCACCAGCUACCGUUACUCGCUCGUCAGCAUCCUCGUUCUCCUAUCGCUUUUCCGACGAUCGCAAUCGCCCUUGAGAUCCGUAGGGUAACACCUACGUUAUCGUCAUCGUCGUCGCGUCGCUUGUGCCAGCUCGAUGCCGGCCAGAUGCCGGAGAACGUGCCGCCGAGACCCGCCGCGAGAACCUUGAAAAGAGAUCCCGAAAUGGCGGGCAAUCGGUGUCGGUAGCAGACGGGGUUAACGUCUUGUCCCCCAGGAGCACAACCGUUUCAGCGAUUUUCAUCGCAUCUCGUCGUACCGAUAGUCUUCGGCAACUGUCUCUCUCUUCUUCUUCCCCUUCGUGUUUCUACGUCCCGGCUGAACUUUCGGUCACGUAGAGGUGACGAAACUCUGUCGCGUUUCCCUGAGACGAGGAGUUGUCACAUAGACAAUAAUUCUUUAGACGUUAAGGCUAGUGCUUAAAAUAAUAUGUAGUAGUAAAAAUAAGUAGUGUGUGGGAGGAAGGUCGAGGGAAAGUUCGUAAAUUGCACAAUCUGCACUUUCCAUAAUUCUCACCGGUCAAAGACGAGGAAAAAAGAAGGAAGAAAGGAAAAAAGGAAAAGAUACGCUAGAGAAAGUGACGGAAGUGGAAGAGCAACGUGAAGGAAUUUUCGUCGCUUCAAGAGUCUUUAAUUUUCUAAAUUUUCUUUUUAAUCACAUUUCGAUCGAUUCGCAAUUUUCUCAACCACGAGUAUGCCGCCCACGCCGAGCAAGUUAAACCUGAGCUUCGCCAGAAAUGCUUACAGCGUCUUUGGUGGUCGCAACGCGACCAUUGCGAACGAGCAUCAACGUGAACAAAAAACGGAAUUAUUAGAGGGUACCAGGACGAAUGGUCUUCAACAUUUGAAGAAUGGCGUGGAUUAUAUCAAUCCUGGCGAAGAGGACCAGAUGGAAAUUUACGGCUACACACAAAGUCGCCUAUGGACCGUUAUUAUAUGGUUCUUGAUUAUCAUUACCGGAGGUCUCUUGAGGCUGAUUUUUCAUUGGGUGCCACAUCUAAUGCUCCAAGCCACUCAUUCCAAAUGUUCCCUGGAAGAGGCGGAAACCGUUUUGUUGAUUGAAAGAUUUCAAGGGAAACACACGAGUUACUAUGUGAAGAGACUGAGAGUCUUGACCGCUCGGGAAGUUAUUAAUAAAUCCUUUAAUGAAGAAUCUCUAAUUGAUGAAGCAUGGGACGGCAGUACACUAACAAUCAAGGAAGAGAAGGAAACCUAUCCGACGUUGACUGUACAUCUUUGCGGCGGUCAGUUUAAACAGGUGCCAUCCAUCACCACCUUUAACUGCAAAAAGUUGACCUACAUCUGGGACCAGGAGAGAUCAGAGUUUUUGAAACUGCGCGGCCUCGACACCGAUGUUUUGACGUCCACGUUACAUCAAGCGCAAGGUCUUGAUUCUCAGGAGCAGUAUAUGAGACGUAAUGUCUACGGUAACAAUGAAAUCGUGAUUCCCGUAAAAAGCAUAUUCACGCUACUCUGCCUCGAGGUGCUUAACCCGUUCUACGUCUUCCAACUAUUCAGUUUUUGUCUGUGGAUUGCGGACGAUUAUUAUUACUACGCCAUGGUCAUUCUCGGGAUGUCAAGUGUCGGCAUUAUGAUGGCAGUUUUCCAAACUCGACGGAAUCAGCAAAACUUACGCUCUACAGUGCAUUCGUCCGACGUAGCUACCGUCAUGCGUGAUCGUACGACUGGUCAAACAGCAACUGUUCCAGCUGAACGUUUAGUUCCUGGAGACGUCUUGGUCAUCCCUUCUCACGGAUGCCUGAUGCCAUGCGAUGCUGUCUUGCUAACAGGCAAUUGUAUACUAAAUGAGUCUAUGUUGACGGGAGAAUCCGUGCCCGUCACAAAGACACCAGUUCCUUCCUCCAACGAUGUGAUAUAUGAUACCAAAGAACAUGCCAGGCAUACUCUCUUCUGUGGAACCAGAAUUAUUCAGACAAGAUAUUAUGGCAGCGAAAAAGUAUUGGCGGUAGUUAUUAGAACGGGUUUUAACACCAGCAAAGGUGGCCUGAUACGAUCCAUCAUGUAUCCUCCGCCCGUAGAUUUCAAGUUCGAACAGGACUCGUACAAGUUUGUCAUAUUGUUGGCGUGUAUAGCUAGUAUUGGCGUUGUUUACACUAUCAUAACAAAAAUUAUGAAAGGCGUUCAUAGCAGUCAUAUAGCUCUGGAAGCGUUAGAUCUCAUCACUAUCGUGAUACCGCCGGCAUUGCCAGCUGCCAUGACAGUGGGACGUCUCGUAGCGCAACGUAGAUUGGAAAAUAAAAAGAUAUACUGUACGAGUCCGAGAACGAUCAACGUGUCCGGCUCCAUCGAUUGCAUUUGCUUCGACAAAACUGGAACGUUGACCGAGGACGGUCUGGACAUGUGGGGCGUACUGACUGUUUCGGACAGAAAAUUCCAGUUGCCAGUCAAAGACAUUAUUAGUCUGCCAUUGUCCGAGGUUCUUAUCGGGAUGGUUACGUGCCACGGAAUCACUAUAAUCGAUAAUCAACUGGUAGGAGAUCCGCUCGAUCUGAAAAUGUUUGAAUCUACCGGAUGGUCGCUGGAGGAACCCGACGUAUCCGAUACAUCCAAGUUCUCCAUGCUCUUCCCGACGAUCGUCAAACCAGCGAAGGGUUCAAAGCUUCUCAAAAGAUUGCCAAGUGAUUUAGGCGGUACACUCAGUCGGCAAAACUCCGUGUCUUCCGAUGUGGUCGAUGCUAUCUCCCUCACCAAUCUUCACGACGCUAAAUUCAGUGAUUCUACCACAGAACUUGGCGAGCAGGGAUUAGAGGUGGGCAUCGUUCGGCAGUUUCCCUUCACAUCCAGUCUUCAGAGGAUGAGCGUAAUUACCAGGACACUGGGCGCUAAUCAUUAUGAUCUUUAUUGCAAAGGCAGUCCGGAGAUGAUUCUUAGUCUCUCGAAAGCAGAAUCUAUUCCUCCGGAUUUUACGGCUGUUUUGCAGGAAUACACAUCCGAAGGUUAUCGAGUUAUUGCCAUCGCGCAUAAAUCUCUAAACCGUCUUCCAUACGCCAAAGUGCAACGUAUAAAUCGCGAGGCUGCCGAGAGCGAUUUGACCUUCCUUGCGCUUAUAAUUAUGGAGAACCGAUUAAAACCAGAGACCUCGCCAGUAAUCGCCGAGCUGAAUACUGCCUGUAUCAAAACAGUUAUGGUGACGGGCGACAAUAUAUUGACCGCCCUCUCAGUAGCCAGGGAUUGCGAUAUAGUGAAACCAGGCACGCCGGUAAUCGCUGUCUUAACCAUCCAGCAAAAUCUGUUGAAACCACAAAUUUAUUUCACGAAAAGUGAUAGUCAACCACCGCCGAUGUCGCCGAAUGGUCAGGGCGAUCUUAGCGAGAUGACUGAUCUGAACAGCGUGGUUAGCUUGGAAACCGUCGAAAGCGGCUCUUUCGGCAACACUAAACUGGAGAACGAUAUAAAUUAUCUCUCAGACGAAGUACAAUAUUCUAAGAACAAGUAUGUGUUUGCGUUGACGGGAAAAACGUGGGCUUUGAUAAGGCAGUACUAUCCGGAACUGAUACCCAAAAUAGUUACCCGUGGUGCCAUAUUCGCCAGAAUGUCACCUGACCAGAAACAACAACUCGUUCAAGAAUUACAAUCCUUGGGCUACUACGUUGCUAUGGUCGGGGACGGAGCUAAUGACUGCGGCGCCUUAAAAGCGGCGCAUACCGGAAUCUCCUUGUCGGACACGGAAUCUUCCGUCGCCUCGCCCUUUACCAGCCGCGAGACCAACAUUUCCUGCGUUCUGACGGUGAUACGCGAAGGUCGUGCCGCCCUAGUAACGUCCUUUGGCAUCUUCAAGUACAUGGCCGCCUACUCGCUCACACAAUUUAUCUCAGUGAUGGUUCUCUACAGCAUCGAGUCCAAUCUAACCGACUUCGAAUUCUUGUACAUCGAUCUCUUCAUCAUCUCGUUAUUCGCUUUCUUCUUUGGUCGCACCGAGGCUUACGAGGGCCCGAUGGUGAAAAUGGCGCCGCUUAACAGCCUCAUUAGCACGUCGCCGGUACUCAGUCUCAUCACCCAGCUCUUAAUCGUCGCGAUCUUCCAGUACACGAGCUUCUGGCAUCUACAGCAGAUGUCUUGGUACGUGCCGUUCAAUGUGACCGCAUCUGAAAACAAGGACAAUGUAGGCUGUUUGGAAAAUUAUACGAUCUUCAUCGUCAGUUCCAUGCAAUACAUUAUUCUGGCCAUGGCGUUCUCCAAAGGACCACCGUAUAGAAAAUCGCUUUUCACCAACUACGGUCUCCUUACUUCCUUCGUUUUCCUAAGCCUAUUUUCCAUCUACGUCGCCAUAUGUCCCUUUCAGUGGCUGAUUAAUUUAUUCGAGCUUGUGCUGCCUAACGAUCUGAACUUCCGAUUCAUUCUGGUCGGUUACGGCGUGAUGAAUUUUGUGAUCGCGAUCUUAGUCGAGUAUCUCUUUGUGGAAUACCUUGUGUUCGGCAAGUUGCGCUACCGUUGGCACGAUGUAGAUAAAUCACGGCGGAAGUUCCUGGCGAUCGAGCGCGAUAUGGCGCGCGACCUCAAGUGGCCGCCGAUCUCUCAGGAGCCGUUACCGGAAGCUGCACCGAAUGUGCUGAUCCGGCAGAACGUCACCGAGAUUAAGAUUGAAAAACGGAUUACCGAACCGUGCCUUCCCGGAGAUACCAGCUUCAUGAACAGCUCGCCGCCGAUCUGCGCCAGCUUCAAACAUUUUGGUUCCGCCCGCGAAGUCACUCUCAAUCCACGAUCUCUCUUCGACGACUGCCGAAACACGGUAUCGAUGCAAACGGUGCCAUGCUUCGAGGACAAGGACUCGUCGCCAAGGCCAUCAAACACGGAAUCCAUCACGAAACGACGGCACAACUCGGAAUCGGAGAACGGCAUCAAUCGUUACGAGAAGCCCUACAUGACUCACAACACCAAUCCAAUUGCCACGCUUCCCCGAAAUCCUAACACGACGCUUCAGCCACAGAAGUUGAGAGACUUCAAGGACGUCCUGGUGCACCAGAGCGACGAUCGAGUGUCGCCCAACACUCAAAGCGUACUCGAAUUGGAUAUUCUGCCGUCCUGAGAACCGAAGCAUUCGAAAGACCGUUCAAGAGGUAGUUGAGUACUGAUAAAACGGCUAAUUGAUGCAGAGUAUUAUUUUUACGCAUAUAUUCUUCGCGAUGUAUAGCGUAAUCUCCAUUGCCGAUUGAUGUAUUUAGGGUAUCACAGCUUGAUAAUUGUGAUUGAGAAGAAUAUCACAUAAAUUGACAAGCCUGAUCCAGCGGCACCUUUGUGAGAUUUGGAUACCGGAAUUGCAAUUUACAUCCUCGUUAAGCUCUCUUUCUGUCCGGUGCUCGUGAUAUACAGAACGCGUAUUUGAUAUCGAUCACGAUAUAUUGUUAACGAUUAGUAGACGCUCAGCUCGAUUUCCGUCAUUGAUCGGGCGAAUUCUGAAUUGAUGCAUUUAGUCUGUCGGUAUCCAUAAUUAGGAUAAUUAACAACGUUACUUAAGUCACGUGAGUGAUACGAAUAAGCCGAAUGUUAGAAUAGCAUUAAAGCUGUUUGCUCAUUGUCGAUCUCUAAGCUAAUUAAUUGGAUUCGUCUCAUUAUUCUCUUUCCUCUCUAUGGAGAGUCUUUCUUUUAGAAGUAAUUAAUAUUUAAUGUGUAAUUUAUAUAUUAUAUAAGCAUUUUAUAACUUCCUAACCAUUCUAGCUUCGGCUUAUUUAUAUUUAUCAAACUCAAAGGGUCCCUUUUGACCCAGCUCUCCUUUGUCCUCGUCCUCCCCUUCAUUAGUAUUCGAGAGGGCAAACUCUCGAGAAAGUAUUAUUCUUAUUUAUAUUAGAAAAAAAUUUAGCGAGAAUUAUAUAUAUUGGUUCCGCGAAACCAAGAUUUCUCUUGUGACAGAGCACAGCUAUUUAUAUUUCAAGGACACACGUAGAUAAUUAUAAUAGAACAAUGUUUAUCAUAGGAUUUUAGAGCAAUGCGAGAAUUUUGAAUGCAACUCGACGUAAUGAUGUCCUUUUCUUUCACUUGUAAUUCGAACGAAUACUUAAGCGAGAAUUCGCGACUUAAUCCAUCAUAUUGUGUAUAGCUAGGAUGAAAAUUUAGCCUGGAGCCGCUAUUCUCCCCGAACAUUGUGACACGUUUCUUAAUGCAUUUUUCUUCAAAAUUUUUAGUCAUUAAUAUUCAUGUUUCUUUCAAAGCAACAUGAGCAUUGAUCAAUUAUAGCGUGUGUAUGUACACUCCUUUUGCAUUUUACGGAACAAUGAAAUUCGACAGGCAAUGACGAAUAAUGAUGUGACUUAUGAUAAAAAUUAAUUGUUGCUGUUAUUAUGUUCAAUAUAAUAACAACAACAAUUGUUAUUGUUAUCGUUCAUUAAAAUUUAAAAAAUCAUUCCACGACGAUAUUUGAUUAUUGAAUAAUAUGUAAUGAUAUAUGUAGAAGAUAUGUAAUGAUGUGAAGGGAUCAGAGGCUGCCGGAGAGUGCGUAUUACGUAUUAGAUUUAAUGAUAGAAUUAUUUCUUGAAUACUUUGCAAUGUUAAAAUAGGCCAAAGCGAUACGGAUAAGCUAGACGCAUUAUCAACGUCGGAGCUGACACGUAUUGAUUUUAUUAAAUAUCCUGUCAAAGUAAAUGUGUACUUAUAAAAUACGCGACGGAAAUAUAGAUACUUAAUGCGUAAACGCGUUGAUUUCGCAACGCUGUUAGUUUGUGUUGAAAAGUAGCGGUUGUCAAAUGAAAUAUGUUUUUAAUGUAAA